UCCUUCCACCACCACCAAUACACAAACCGUCGUCUAUCCGUACAUUCUCUCUCCCCCAAUCCUAUGGCCCGUUGAUUCGACGCCACCCGCAGACGACCCAGGAAGUUAAAUAGUGCCAGAGCCCUAGGAGUUGUUCCAGAGGAUUUUCUUCAUAUCCGCCAAGGACGUACUUUGGUCGAGGACGUUGUCCGUGUAGAGAAGGCCUUUUCUCUUUAGAUUUCCUUGCGUCUCUCUACUCCAGAAGAUCCAGUUUCCCAUUUUUCUCCCCCCAACCCCCCAAAAGGCUUGAACCGAGAGGACCAUACAACCUGUCGCAUACCAUGCAUAAUGUGGCAGCGUACGGAUAUCCUACGCCUCCGGCAUCGCCGUCGUACGACAAUACGAAGUGCGCUUUUCAACAGCCGCCCGUCGCAGCCGCCCCGCCUUGCCAGACUCGAUACACCCCAGUGGCCCCGGAGGAGAGAUUAGGAAAGUUCCUUGGAGACAGCCUGCAAUUGGUAGUAAUUAUUGGUACCGGCGCCUACGGUGUCGUAUACCUGGCAGUCGACGUCAAGACCGGAGUCCACUACGCCGUCAAGACGCUCAGCAAGUUCAACCCGGACGGCACGCCCUUGGAUCGACGACAGAUCGCCUUCCAGCACCGGGAGCUUCGCCUGCACUACCUGGCCUCGGCGCAUCCCAAUGUGGUUUCCAUGCACAAGAUCGUGGACGACCCGGACUGCAUCUACGUUGUCUUGGAGUACUGCCCAGAGGGUGACCUCUUCCUCAACAUCACGGAGCGAGGACAAUAUGUGGGUAAGGAUGACUUGGCCAAGAGUGUAUUCCUCCAAAUCCUGGACGCUGUUGAGCAUUGCCAUAGCCUGGGCAUCUACCACCGCGACCUGAAGCCGGAGAAUAUCCUUGUUUUGAACCAGGGAGACACGGUCAAACUGGCAGAUUUUGGCCUCGCCACGUCCUCAGACCGGUCUGAGGACUACGGAUGUGGCUCCACGUUCUACAUGUCACCAGAGUGUCUGGACCCGUCUUCGCGAAGGCCGUUUUAUUACUGCGCCCCGAAUGAUGUUUGGAGCCUUGGUGUUAUCCUGGUGAACCUGACCUGCGGUCGUAAUCCUUGGAAGCAAGCCUCGUUCGAGGAUUCCACGUACCGCGCCUAUACCAGGAGUCAGGACUUCCUGCGGACCAUCUUGCCACUGUCGGAUGAGCUCAACAACAUACUCGGGCGCAUCUUCACCCGCAACCCGGAUCACAGAAUUACGUUGCCGGAGCUUCGGAGCAGCAUCCUCGCUUGCUCCCAAUUCACGAUGCCGGCCGUACCGGCGCCUAUCCAGGCCCUGCCUACUCCGCCCUGCUCGCCCGGGCCCAUCGAAUACGUUCAGUGCGACGACGUCAUCAUCGAGGAAUCGGCCUAUGACGCGCCUCAGUCCCCCGCCACUUUGGAUUCGGACACGGAAUCGACCUGCUCCUCCGACGAUGGAUCUCUGAUAUCCAGUGUCUCGACUAUCGACGACCUAGACGAGGACGACUUCGUCAUCCCGGAGGACGAGAUGCCCCCCAUCGAGGAGCCUCAGAUGUUUGACUCGGAGGAGCACAGAGUUAUGUUCCCACCGGAAUUCAUCCCUCAGUACUCUGGCGCCGCCGUGGAGCCCUGCCAACCCUGCCGUCCCUGUCCGGUUCCGGUUCCGCUCCAGGCCCCCUGUGCACCUACCAAGUUUGCCUUUCCGUACUUCUGGGAGAUGGUGAAUCGGUACACUCAACCCGCGCCCAUACUACACCAUCCCCUUCCCUUUCAUCCCCAAGUUCCUCUUUUCUCCCACUUCCAAGGUUGCUAUUAGCUGCCCUAACGAAGGGCGCACGCGGCACUAUCUCAGGGGCCACAUCUCCACCUCCUUAACAUAGCCAUUACUCCAGAGGGAUUAGGCCCACGAAAGCG